AUGGCUCCAAAAAGCAUGUGGCUGCUUCUACUGAUGAGCUGUGCAGCCAGCACUGAAGUCCUGGGUGCUGUCAUCCUGAGACCUAGCUGUGCUGCUGGAUGGUUUUAUCACAGGUCCUAUUGCUAUGGAUACUUCCGGAAGCUGAGAAACUGGACUGAUGCUGAGCUCGAGUGUCAGUCAUAUGGAAAUGGAACCCACCUGACAUCUAUUCUGAAUUCAAAGGAAGCCAACACCAUAGCGAAGUACAUAGGUGGCUAUCAAAAAAACAAGCCUGUUUGGAUUGGCCUGCAUGACCCACAGAAGAGGCACCAGUGGCAGUGGAGCGAUGGGUCUGUGUAUAUUUACAGAACCAUGUCUGGCAGGUCUGUGGGUAAGAACAAGUACUGUGCUGAGAUGAACGCCAAAGACGCUUUUUUAACCUGGAACAGCGAAGAUUGCAACAAGCGCCAACACUUCCUGUGCAAGUACCAACCAUAG